AUUGGCUGCAGAUGUGACUCGCAGUGUUGCCGAUUCCACCACCCCCCCGCCACUAUUGUUGGGAGUGGGGGACGGGUUUGGUGCUGAGGCCGGAAUCCUGCAGAGGGCUUGGAACAGGCGAAUGAAAAAUGGCUUCUCCUCCCCACAACUUUUCUUGGAUUGAACCCCAUAAACUAGCUGGAAUGGCUAUGCCACAAUUACCUGCUCACUACCAGUAUUUGUAUGACAAUGGCAUUCAACACUUGGUCACACUUUGUGAGAGGAAGCCACCAUACCGUGAUUCCUGUCCAGCAGUGAAGAUCCACCAUAUAAAAAUUGAUGACUUUUGCUCGCCCUCUUUUGAACAAAUCGAAAGAUUUCUUGCAAUUGUUGAGGAAGCCAAUGCAAAGGGUGAGGGAGUUGGAGUCCACUGUCUCCAUGGUUUUGGGAGAACUGGAACAAUGCUUGCUUGUUAUCUUGUGAAAAGCAAGAAAAUAACAGGAGUUGACGCAAUUGCAGAAAUACGAAGAAUUCGUCGUGGCUCUAUAGAAACCAGUGAACAAGAAAAGUCAAUUAUACAAUUUCAUCAUCAUAUAAAAUAAGUAAUUUUUCAUAUUACCGUACAAAUAUUUUGUUCAGAUUUUUCUAACAGGAUAGCUAUUUAAAAACAUUUGUUUAUUCAAAGUGAUGGCUAGUACAGGUUACUUUGAAGGAUGAAAUGAAUCUUGGCACUUCUGGGAUGCUUUAUUUAUGUUCACCGCUAUAAAGUUGUAGUUUUUUUUUUAGUUUCCUGGUGAAUUUAUCCAUAAUUAUCACUUAUUGUGGUAAUUAAUUUGAUCAGAAGAACUGGCUUGCUGCUUGUGAUGAAAGUAUAAUAAUUUCCAUAAUAUUUUUAUGGUUUCUUGUGAAGUAGUUGGGGCUGUGUGUGUGAUGUAAUUACAUUUGGAGCCAAGAAGACUGCAAGUUUGAAUUCAUCAAAAGCUAGAUAUUUGACAUGCUAAUGAGUAAACAUGGAUGCUGGUUUAGCAUGUAAGGUGUGCAGGGAAUUUGCAUUUUUAGAUAAAUGAAGAGAUUUGGAUUUCAAAGGGAUCUUAGUCUGUUUACAACUAGCCAGAUUAGCAAGGCUUAGGAGUGUUUAUUUUUCCCAAAGGUUACUGACAAUAUAUUGGCAGCAUGAAAGUUUUUAUAUUAUGAGGAAGAAAUAGCUUCAAAGACAUAUGGGACAUUAGAAUUUACAUAUUAAAAAGAGAGAAACAUAUAUGAAAGAGAAUGAACGGCCAUGUGGCUGAAGUCCAUGUAAGAUCUAACAGGAGUGUGUGAAAUAGUCUUAAUGAAGCCUCCGGCAUUUGUGCGUAAGUCUGCUAUAUAAUGAAACUGAAGUUGGGGAAAAGCCAUGUGCAAUUCCACUGUCAAAUAGGUAUUGUUAAUUUUCUGGUUCUGUUUUAAAUCUAAAAUCUAUUUUGGACCAUUGCCUUAAAGGAGGUGUAACUGAGGAUCAUGUUGGUCAGACAUUUUAGGAGUUAUUAUAAUAGUGAGUAAUUGUAGUGUAAUGUAUGUGCUUCACAUCUUUUAUUUUGUUAAUUGUUAAUAAAUAUUUUAAUUUUUAAA